AUGAAGACACUGUACAUGGACAGGGUUUACCCUAAAGCAUUCGAGAACCGGCACAGGCUCUCCGACCCAAAGGUGCGCAGGAGCAGGAUCGCCUUCUUCAAGGCGGCAGGCAAGAACUUCACUCUUCUGCAGGUCCUGUUUCUGGGGCUCUUCUGCUGGGUGUUUGCGGCCCUGUUCCAGCAGACCGACCACGCGCACAAGAUCACCGUCGCGCUCGUGGACUACGAUGGCGGGGCGGUCGGGUUGGCGCUGCGGGAGGCGUAUGCGAGGCUGGAGGGAAACGCAUUCCCGACUCUGGUUGAGCGGGACCCUGGAGUAUACUCGUCCCCGGCGGCGUUGGAGGAUGCCGUGUGCAGGACGGAAUACUGGGCUGCUCUCUAUGUCGCCCGGGGUUCGUCGGACAAGCUUCAGGCUGUGCUAAAUGGUGACUCGGAUGGGUCGCGGCUUGACAGGUCGGAUAUUCUUACUUACAUCUGGAACGAGGCGCGGUAUUCUUCCGUUGUCGACGCGGUCGUGUCCUCCAGCAUUCAGACUCUGGCAUCGGCCGCCAGGGUCGCCUAUACCACGGCGAAUGGGACGGGUGGCGUCCGGCAGCUGUCGACUCCGGAGGCUAUAUCUGUGUUUGCCGAGCCGUGGCAGCUAACGAGUAUCAACAUCCAGCCGACAACUCAAGGAUCCAGGGCUAUCUAUAAUACCCUGGUCAUUAUAUUUAUUCUGAUUCAGGAGUUCUUCUACCUGGGCACACUCAAUGGGCUCUACGUAGGGCACAAGCUGUAUGUCAGGGUCUCACCAAACCGGAUUGUCAUUGUGCGAGAUAUCAUCUCUAUACUAUACUGCCUGAUAGGGGCGUUGUGUACCACCGGGGCUAUCUGGGCUUUUCGAUCUGGUUGGGACGUGGAAGCCGGGCAGUUCAUGCUGAACUGGAUGACGCUGUGGCUCUUUGCGCACGUCAACUUCCUGCAGUUUGACAUAUUUACGAUCUGGCUCCCGCCGCCCUACAUCCCAAUGGCGCUCAUCUCAUGGGUGCUCUUCAACGUCACGUCUAUUCUCCUCCCCUUCGAGCUGUCCCCGGGCUUCUUCCGGAUUGGCUACGCUGCUCCGGCGCACGAGGUCUACCAAGUGCUUAUCGACAUCUGGUCGCGGGGUUGCAACCCCCAGCUCUACUACGCACUCCCCAUUCUUUUCGCGUGGUGGGUUUGGGGCUUGGUUGUAAGUGCCCUGGGAGUCUACCGGCGCUGCCACUACGCGGUCAUUCAAGAGGACAAAGAGGCUCAGCAAUUCCAGGAGCGGCUGGAGGCCGCAGUGCAGUUCGAGCGACAGAGAGACAUAAGAUCCAAGAGAGAGAGCACGACUGUAUCACCUGAUGCUCUCGCUGUUACGGAUGUGUCUGAGGAGAAGCGGGCAAGCGGCGCAGAAGCCAACGAUCCAGGGUUGCGCGAACAGCUCGCCGGGGCGAUUCGUCGGCAGGAAAGCCGCGCGAAGCAUGAACGAGGCAGGGAGAGCAGGGCCUGCAGUUUCGGCCCUGCGUUUAGUCUGCCAUUUCCCGACUCUGCGGGAUCGGAGUCAGACGGGGCGUGA